AUGCUCUCAGACACUUGGUUUAAAAAUUCGAAUAACGCUAUCUUACGGAAGACGCUGUUUAAGGGUCUGGCCAGUAUAAUGCUGAGCCUUGCCCGUGCUCCCUUACCACGCAUUGGAUCAUUUGUUAUAGAUAAUAACGGCUUUAUCUCCUUAUCGAACCGGCCGCUAACUCUAGAAAUCCAAGAGUUAGAGAAUGAGGGGAUUCCAAUAGACAUUGCGCGUGACUAUACAUAUUCGACCACUGAUUCCUACGCCACUGAUAUGGUGAGCCUUCACGAUAGCCGCCUACUCUAUCAACCGAACGCUAUUAAUAAUGGCUCAGACUUCAUGCAGCAGGCGACGGCAUUAACAGGAAUGCGUACCUCUAUUCCUCUCUUCUUCCGGCGAGACUUACGCCGAGGUCCAUUUGUAUUCUCUCUAACUGACCUCCAUCAGAGCAAUAUAUUUGUCGACAAAAUGUGGAACAUUACCUCACUCGUAGACCUUGAAUGGGGAUGUUCGCUACCAAUCGAGAUGAUUCAUCCGCCUUAUUGGCUUGCAAGUCAAUUCGUCGACACUAUUGACGAGGAGGAAUAUAAAAAGAUGUGGACGGAAUUCGGACAAGUCUUAGCCCAGGAAGAACUUGAUACCAAACAAGAACCCCAGCUAUCAACAAUCAUGACGAGAGGAUGGGAGAUAGGUACCUUUUGGUAUUCACUCGCCCUACAAAACCCCACUGCUAUCUUUCGUUUAUUUAUCGAUAAAAUCCAGUCGAGACUCGGGAAAGGCAUAUAUAACGAAGAUCAAUACGGGCUUGUAAUGACAUCUCACUGGGCAUUUAAUGUCACCGAUAUUAUCAAGAGAAAGAUAAGAGAUAAAGAAGAAUAUGACAAUAAACUUCGACAAGCUUUCGGCGAACCAGCGCAAAUCUAG